GUCUCCAUUGGCCAUUUUGAAUAAAACAAAACGGCCCAAGCAGUUUUUAACUUAAAUUCAAAUAAUCAUCAGAAUAGUUAUUUUUUCUUGCUAAUCGGAAUAUAUAUCAUUAAUCUAAACUUGAUUUUAUCAUUCAUGGAAUAAAUUUUAAAAAGUAAGUUUUGUGAAACUGAAAUCAAUCAAUAUCAUCUUAUUCUGGUUGGUUCUUAGAUUGCGCUAUGCCGAGAAGAAAGCGUUCUAGUGUGGAUAGUAGCUUAGAAGAUGAGAUAACUCCGGCCAAGAGAUCUAGGAAGAGGGGAACUGAGGGAGAAGUGAAUGCUUUGUGUCACGAAAUUUUCGAUUCUAUCAAAUCUCACAAAUCCGACAAUGGACUUCCAACUUUCAAUCUAUUUAUGAAAUUACCGCAUAAGAGAUCCGAGCCUGAAUACUUCAAAGCAAUAGCGAACCCGAUUGAUCUUUUAAAAGUAUUAACUAAAAUAAAAAACGACGAAUAUGCCAGCGUUGACCAAAUGGGAGAAGAUCUUAGAUUAUUAGUUGAAAAUGCCAUGGACUAUUAUGAAGAAGACUCUGAGGAGAGAGAUCUUGCAAACCAACUCUGGAUAUAUUAUAGGGAAUUAAAGAAUGAAAAGUGUGGAGAUACAGCAUCCGGAGAUAGUGAUAAGAAUCAAGAUUGGGAUGACGAUAGCACUGAGAGUGAAGACGUUGGGGAAAUUUGCGAAGAAAUGUUUGACGCAGUUGCUACUGCUAUGGACGGAGACAGAAUGAUAACAGAAAUGUUUAAGCUACUUCCCUCAAAAACUAAAUUUCCCGAUUAUUACAAUGUGAUAGAGGAGCCUCUCGAUUUACGAACUGUCGCAAAAAGAGUUCAAGGAAGGCAUUACGAGACGUUAGACAAUAUGGUUCGAGAUUUAAUGGUUAUUGUAAACAAUGCAAGAACCUAUAAUCAACCAGGCAGUGGAAUUUAUAAAGAUGCUGUACUCUUAAAAAAGACUAUUCAAGCAAAAAAAAUUGAACUUGACACGGUUCGUCAAGCAAAGAAAAGUUCUCACAGAAUGCGAUCAGCCGAGAGAAAAAUUCACACAGGCGAACGUCAUUCAACCGCUUAUGCCAGCUUGCCAUCACCUAAUGGCGACAGCGAUAAUGAAAGCGAUACAGAAGAAAAUUCAUGCAUUGCUGGAACAGGAGCUUUAUGGAGUUUAUAUAAUACAGUUAUGAAUUAUAGAAGCCCAGAUGGCAGAAGACUCAGCGAACCUUUUAUGAGAUUGCCAUCGAAACGAUUAUAUCCAGAUUAUUAUGAGGAAAUUGAUAAUCCUAUUAGUCUAUUUCAUAUAAAGAAAAAGAUAAAAAACAAUAUGUACGGAGGAGAUGUUGCUGGUUUAGUAUCUGAUCUGGAUUUACUAUUCUUAAACGCUCAACAUUACAAUGUUGAAGAUAGUCAAUUGUUUAAGGAUUCUAUCUCAUUACAAAAAGUUAUGCAUAAUAAAAGUUCGGAAUUACAAGCUUUAUGCGAUCCUAAUGAUGAUUCUCAAAGUGCUUCAGCUUCGAGACGCUCUCGUCGAGAUUCACUGCAGAAAAAGUUAGGCGUUCUGUUCAAAACUAUAUCGGAAUACGAAGUAGACGGUCGAUCAUUAAUUGAUAUUUUUGUAUCUCUACCAUCAAAAGAAUCUUUUCCUGAUUAUUAUCAAGUAAUCACUGAACCAAUCGAUAUGGAUACUAUUGAGGCCAGAUUGGAGCAGUAUGAUAGCAUUGAAUCGUUGGCUGAUGAUAUUGAAUUAAUGUUGAGAAAUGCUAGACAUUAUAACGAAGAAAAUUCUCAGGUUUAUAAAGACGCAGUUGUUUUGGAACGAGUUCUAAAAACAAAACUACAAAGUUUAACAAACCCUGACUCACCAAGAUCCAGAACCCCCGUCUCAAGUAAUAGAAUAUCUAGACGAGAUUCAAAAGUAACAUCCAAAUGGAAUACAAAGUUACAGUCUCUUUAUGCUUGUAUAAAGGAUGCAACAGAUAAAAGUAAUCGUGUGUUGUCAGCACCAUUUAUGAGAUUGCCAUCAAAAAGUGAAUAUCCAGACUACUACGAUGUUAUAAAAAAGCCUAUCGAUUUGUUGAAAAUUGGCCACAAAUUAAAUCUUUAUGAAAGCUUAGACGAUUUAUUGGCCGAUUUGGCUCUGAUGUUUGAUAAUGCUUGUAAAUAUAACGAGCCUGAUUCUUUAAUUUAUAAAGAUGCGCUUGCCUUGCUUAAGUUGGCGUUAGAUAAAAAAAGCGAAUUGGAGAAAAACGAAGAAGAGAGAAAUCAAGUACCUGAUGUCAAAGUAACAGUUUUCAACACUUUAAAGGAGUUAACGAGAUCGACAUUAAGCCAAACUGACAGUCAGGGACGAUGCUUAUCUGAAUCUUUAGCUCACCUUCCACUAGAUGAAGAUGAGAUGAUUGCAAUACCAAACGCGAAGAAAGCUUCUUGCUCGUUAGAUAAAAUAGGAAAGAGAGUUGAAAAGGAAAUGUACACUAGAUUAGAUAAAUUACAGGAGGAUGUGUUCGAACUACUUGAGCAUGGGCGAAGCGUUGCAGCAAUCGAUUCUGAACUUUAUGAGGAUUGUUGUAACUUGCAAAAAUAUUUCGUUCAAAGAAGGGAUGAACUUUGUGGAUUGGGUGGUGUAUUUUUCAGUCCAGCCUUAGCGUAUACACAAAGAAGAAUUACCGACGAAAUAGAUAAGGAAAAAACGGAAAAGAUUAAAGCUAAACGUCAUAAGCGAAAUCAGGAGAAGAAUGAUGACAAAGAGAACUUAUCGGAGGCGAUUUAUAAUGAUAUCACCUAUGCCAGAGGUGACUUUGCCUAUAUAAUCCCAGAAGAAGGCAAAGAAGACAAUCAAGAAAUGUUAUUGAUUGAUAAGAUAUAUAGAGAGGAAAGGGCAGUUUGGUUAGAGGGUAUAAAAUUCUUGAAACCACACCAAACUUACCACGUUAUUAGUAAAAAAUUUUUCGAACAAGAGGUUUUUAAAUCUGAUGUAAGAUGUGCCGUUGAAGUAGAAAGAGCUAGGGGAAAAUGUAUAGUUCUUCCUAUGAAGACAUACAUUAAAAUGUAUUGUGAACAAUUUCCUGAAGAGCACACUUGGGUUUGCGACAAACGUUACCUUUCAAAACCGAAAACGUUCAAGAGGUUAGAUCCUAAAUUGAAAAUUUGGUCGGGAUCUUCUUCCCCGAAAUUAUCACAGAGACCAAAUCCUAUGCAGCCGGCUAAAGUUGGGAGUGUUUAUGCGGAAAAAGGUGGAGGUACACCUACUCAGUCAACUGAUGAAGACGAAGAUGAUGACUUUGACGGUGAUAGUGGGCGUGCAAAUGUUCCAAUCGAAUCUGGAACUGCACCUCCGGGAGUUACGAUGUAUGAGCAGCUCAGAGAUGACCGUUGUGGGUGGUUGAAACUUGGAGAUUUUGUAUAUGUUAGAGAUGAUAGUGACAAUCCCUGGAGAAUUAUAAGAGCUGAACAAUUAUGGACUGACGCUGAAUCUGUUGCUCAUGUGUCAGGAGCGCAAUUUGUUCAACCUGCCUUUGUAGAGCAUAGUCCAACUAGACUAUUUUAUGCAAUGGAAGUUGUCAGAAAUGCAGAUGCCUCAGUUCCAAUAUCAAAAGUGACGGGAAAAUGUUGUGUGCUAUUCUUCAAAGAAUAUUGCAGUCAGAGAUCAACAGUCAUUUCAGAAGAUGAUGUUUGGAUAUGCGAAAGUAAAUUUAUACCCGAUGAAAGAAUAGUUAAAAAACUUACAAAGCCUAUGAAGAAGAUAACACUGUCGAGUCGAGUUCUGGAAGAUGAGAUCCUGUUUCUAAAGAAACCUUUAAUUCCCAAACGAACUGGCUCUCCUCUGUUGGCUCAAUCACUUCUUGAUUUAGAAGUUGAUGAUUCUUACGCUAUUCCUCCGUCGAUAUCAGCAUUAUCUACAAAUAAUAGUACUCCCAAUAAUGUGGAUGUUACUCCUAAAAUGAAACAAAAGGCUUCUCAACUAGUUCAUGACUUAUUUAAUUCUAAUUCCAAAGAUCGUUUUACUCUUAUCGACGAUUUAAUUGGUGAUAUUGCGCUAUUAUCUAAAAAAGAUGAGGAAGAGACGAGUAAAGAAUUGACAGGAAAAAAGACUAUUAGUGAAAAAAUUGAAAAUAUUCAUAGACAAGCGAAUUUAGAAAAAUACAUAAAAGAAUCCUUUGACAAGUUUAAAAAAAAUGACGACAGAAUGAAAACGAAAAAUUUAACGAAGAAAAGGAUGAGUUUAUUUAAAGAAAUAAUGUAUAAGCGGCCAAAACAAUUGAGCGGUUAUAUUGUAUUUGCCGGAGAAUAUAGAAAAGGUAUUCAAGGACAGAAUCCAUUAAUGAAUUUUGGCGAUAUAUCCCGCCUUGUUGGAGCAAAGUGGAGAGAGUUACCUAAAGAUGAAAAGGAGAGAUACGAGGAAAAAGCUAAAAAAAUUGCCGGAGAACAAAGUGCUUUAUAUUCAAGUUCUAUCGAAUCGAAACCAUCUACACCCGCCCCCUCAACCAUCAGUUCAGCUGUUGCGAGCCUUAUUAACUGCGAUUCAAAUUCACAAACGAGCACAACGAAUAACCCCGCUCAACAGACAAGAUCAAGUUCGCCUCUCUUCGUAGCUGUCCCACCUAGAACACAAAGAUUAUUGCAUUCGGAGGCAUAUUUACGCUAUAUUGAAGGAUUGAAUAAUAAUUCUGAUGAUAUAGGUCCAUGGAGGAAAGAACUCUCAGCUAGACCGAAAAAUACCUUAGGAAAUCCUCAAAAACUACCAUCCAACUGGUUGGGUCCAGGUGCCAUGGAACAGGGUAAAACUGUUGUUCAAGCUCUAUGGGCCUUAAGAGAUCAAAUGCUACAAGAUGCCGUUAACAUUGGACGUGUUCUAGACUACAGUGCAUUUUAA